AUGUCAUUGUCUUCAUCUUCAAUUGUCGAAGGCACAGGUAUACUAUCACAGGAUCAAGUGCAGCGGUUGUCGCUCGAGCAGAUCCAAGAGCAAUUGAAAUUGCACCAGGAUGAAUUCUUCCACCAUUUGGUAAAUGAACAGCAGUUUGGUCAGCAUAUGGAUUUGAAGCUGAGUAGUCAAGGCCAAAACACGGGCUCUAGUUCCUCCUGGAGCUUCACACAGGGCCUCCUUCUUGGCCAAUUGAGUGUGUUUGUAGUCAUAGCUAUCUUUAUCAAAUUUUUCGUAUUCGCAGACCAGACCAAUAACGUCACACUGUCUAAGUCGAGCAAUAAGACUAGUAAAAAACCCAAAGAUUUAUCAGGAAUAAUAGUGAAACGUAAUAAGAAAGGUGGUAAGUCAAGAAGCUACAAAAAAGGUCUCGCCGUGGAUGGAAGCACUGACAACGAUGGAGAUGACUCUGAGUUUGGAGAUGACGCUGAUGAUUCCAAUUCGUUUUCCUCUAAGAUAUCUUCUAUACUUGAAAAGACAUACUACGAUGUAAACAACCACAAUCCUGAAUCUUUGGAUUGGUUCAACGUACUAGUUGCUCAAGUGAUUAGUCAAUUGAGAAGUGAAGCUUUGUUGUCGGACAAUAUCUACCACUCAUUGAACGACUUCUUGACGACUCUGUCCCUUCCAGAUUACUUGGAUACUAUCAAAUUGACUGAAAUUGAUGUUGGUGACGAUUUCCCCAUCUUUUCUAACUGUCGUAUUAUGCAUAGCAAAGAUGGUACUGGUAGACUAGAAGCUAAGAUAGAUGUGGAUCUUUCAGAUACCUUGACUUUGGGAAUUGAGACUAAACUUUUGUUGAAUCAUCCUAUGCCAUUGACUGCGGUAUUGCCGGUGCAACUCUCUGUCUCUAUAGUGAGAUUUUCAGGGUGCCUUACUGUCUCAUUAAUCAAUACGAAUGAUCAAGAAUUCAUUGACCUACAGGGAAAUUCUAACUCCAAAGGUAGUGCUACUAAUGAAACGCCGGCAGCGCCUAAUUCUUCCUCGCCACGUACUGCUGUAGAUCGGGGUGUUGCUGAUUCUAUUGAUACUUUAAGAAAUAUACCCGGCACAUCUUACUCAAGUGAUAUAUCACCUUCCCCAUCAACUCCAUUGAACCAAAUAACCGCAAGCGAGAGUGUAAAUCGGAAAAGCUCGAAAUUCACUACUAACAGCAGUGAUGAACCAGCGGGUACUGCUCUUAUGUUUCUGUUCUCUCCAGACUAUAGACUAGAAUUUACUGUUAAGUCUUUGAUAGGUGCAAGAGCAAAGCUUCAAGACGUUCCCAAGAUAUCUUCACUCAUAGACAGUAAAUUGAGGAGCUGGUUUAUCGAAAGAUGUAUAGAGCCAAGGUAUCAAGUGGUUAAGUUGCCAUCUCUUUGGCCCAGAAGUAAAAACACAAGAGAGCCAGUGAAUUCGAAUAAUAGCGCUGUAUCCAAUUCUACUACUAACGGUGCCAGCAAUAACGAUAACCCCUUAGAAUCUGAAAUACCCUCUAAAUAA